AUGCCGCCUUUUACUGACCGCCCUGUCGCGAUGGCCAUCUUCACUUUGCCAGUGCUCGCUCUCAUUUACGCUCCGAUCUCUGGACGCGCGCAAACUGCGUGUAGUCCAGGAACGUUUUCUUUGACCGGUAACACGCCUUGCCAGAACUGUCCCGCGGGAUCCUUCACCAGUCUGACUGGUGCGACGUCGUGCUGCCUGUGCUGUGCUGGAUUCUACUCCAUGCAAGGGGCGAGUUCCUGCACUCAAUGUAAUUUUCUUGACCCAUAUUCUCUUCCUGGUUCUACGUCGUCUUCCCAAUGUAUAAUUGGAACUGGGUACGUUACCUCGUGCACCAUGUCAGGCACCACAUGCCCGGCCAUUAUUCCGCCACUACUUCCGACGACCCUGAUUAAGCGACGUGCAAUUAAACGUCAGCUGUGUCCCAGGGGCCACAAGAGUUGUCCCGUCUAUGGGAUGUCCGGUCUGAGGGGCCACGAAUGCGUCGACAUACAGAACGAUCUCGAGUCCUGCGGUGGCUGUGCCGGCAGCGACUCUCCUCUCGGCCAACGUGCUGAGGACGGUGGAAGAGAUUGUAGUGUAAUCCCUAACGUUGAAUCCGUGAGCUGCCAAGGUGGCAAAUGCACCAUCGAAAAAUGCUCCGAAGGUCACGUCCCCUCCGCCAAUGGCGAGGCAUGUGUGCCCUUCUUCGAUCGCUUCUCCUUACAGAUGAACGACAAUCGAGCAAGCUUCGAACGCUACACAGACGCUUCACUUCCUUUCCCCUCUCCCCUACUUCGCCGUAGCGAAGAGUCAGAGAGUGGCUCACUUAUGCGCCCGUACACAGCGAACAAUGUUCGAGACGUCGGCCAGCAAGCUAGCUCACUCGCUCGUGGGGCGAUUAGCCCCAGCAGUGUUCUCUCCCCAGGCGCAUCUGUCAUUGCCAAGCCACGCAUCUCACUUUUCACGAAGGACUCUAUGGCUGUGAAUUCAACGACCGACCUGCGCUACAUUUUCUCGCUGCACCGGCACAUCUUCGGCUUCUCGUCGAGCUACCCACCAACGGCGUUCGCGUUCGUGGGGCUGCCGGUGCUCGUCGCGAAUUGCCCCUCCGACAUCGCUCAGAGCCUCCUCAUCGUGCAUGCGCUCGCCAACUCGUCGCUGCCGACGCGUGAGGGGAUGCUAGACGAGCUCGCCGAGCACGAGGACAACCUCCGUGCGCGUGGUCUCGACCCAUACCACGUCGGGCACCGUCCCUUCCGUGGAGACACACAGGCGCAGAACUACCAGAACAACCUGAUUGAAUAA